AUGACGAUCAGGUUCAUCCUCAUGGUGAACAAGCAGGGCCAGACGCGGCUGAGCACCUACUACGAGUGGCUGCCCAUGCCCGAGCGCGUGGCCCUCGAGAGCGAGAUCAUCCGCAAGUGCCUGAGCCGGAGCGAGUUCCAGUGCAGCUUCGUCGAGUACCGGGGCUACAAAGUCGUCUACCGCCGCUACGCGAGCCUCUUUUUCAUCGUCGGCUGCGAGCAGGACAGCGAGAACGAGCUCGGCAUCCUCGAGUUCAUCCACGCCCUCGUCGAGACCCUCGACAAGUACUUCGAGUCCGUCUGCGAGCUCGACAUCAUGUUCAACCUCGAGAAGGCGCACUUCAUCCUCGACGAGAUGGUCAUGAACGGCUGCAUCGUCGAGACGAACAAGGCCAACGUGCUGAAGCCCAUCGCCCUCAUGGAGAAGGCCUCCGAGGAGACGCUCUUCUCGAAGCGAUAG